AUGGCUUGCAAGCCUAGAGGAGCAGCAACAAUGGCGUCCCUCCUCUUGGUACUGCCAAUCCUCUUGUCCUUUACUGGCAGAGUGGAAGGCAUGAUCUGCGAUGUGUACCAGGUCCCAAUGCCUGGGAAGGUACUCUGCGGCGAGCACCUGACAUCCCAUCAACCAUGCAUGAGCUGGUGCGUCAACCGCGGAUACAAAGUGGGGUUGUGCUACGGCAACGCUCCAGGUGAAGAUGACUUCAUGUGCGUGUGUGAAAAAGUUUGCCCAGACUCGGUGGGGCCAACGGCCCGGCGCGUCAAGACAUGAAGCAACAUUAUCAGUAAUCUACCGCAUGAUCAAGAGAUUAAUUUUCGAUUUUCUGGAUUCCAUUGACAUCUCAUGUGUUUUUGAAGUAC